AUGCACUUUUCAUACUAUGCCGUGCUUCUGGUCGGCCUCGCUGCAGUUCAAAGCAGCUCAGCAUUCAUGGAGGGCGAAACCAAGCGCCACGAGAAGGGCCGGUGUGCGAUUAGAGGGCAUUGUGGGAAGAAGUCGUUCUUUGGUGGGCAACUACCUUGUCCCGACAAUGAUCUCGCCCGGGAACCCGAAGAUAAAGUGCGUGACAAACUAGUAUCGCUGUGCGGUGAGAAAUGGAGUCACGGACCGGUGUGCUGUGAGGACGAACAGAUUGAUGCUCUGUCCAAGAACCUCAAACUCGCUCAGGGCAUCAUCGCUUCAUGUCCUGCCUGCAAAGAGAAUUUCUUUAAUAUCUUCUGCACUUUUACCUGCUCACCCGAUCAAUCGCUAUUCAUAAAUGUUACUCAGACAGAGGAGGUUCGAGGGAAAUUACUGGUGACCGAGUUGGACAAUCUGUGGUCUGAGAAGUACCAGAGCGGCUUUUACGACAGCUGCAAGGACGUCAAGAAUGGCGCAUCUGGGGGAAAAGCAAUGGACUUUAUCGGUGGUGGUGCUAAAAAUUAUACGCAAUUCCUAAAAUUCCUGGGCGAUAAGAAGCUGUUGGGCAGUCCGUUCCAAAUCAACUUUAUGACCAAACCGAGAAAUUCGUUUGACGACGGAAUGCGAGCAUUGCCAGAAUCUCCCAAGUCCUGCAACGACUCGGAUAGCGCAUUCCGGUGCUCUUGUAUCGAUUGUCCAGCUGUCUGUCCGCAGUUGCCGGCUUUGGCGACGGAACAUUCCUGUUUCGUUGGCUACCUCCCAUGCUUUUCAUUUGCGGUCAUUUUGAUCUACUCUGUAACCCUUCUACUUCUCGUCUCCGGCGUCUUGGGUCGAGUCGCCUUUCGGAAACACCGUGAAAGAAAGAUUGAAAGGGUACGAUUGUUACAAGAUGCCAGUCCAAGCGACGAAGAAGACGAAGGCGACAUAAUUGAGAAUGCCGGAUCUCUCACCCGCCCCACCAAAUAUUAUCAGCUGAAUUCUACAUUGGAUAAGGCAUUUAGCCGCCUUGGUCGUUUCUGUGCUAGGUUCCCCGCUUCAACCAUCGUUACAAGCGUUAUUAUUAUUGCCGUGUUGAGCUUAGGUUGGCUGCGCUUUUCGGUGGAAAAGGACCCCGUCAAAUUAUGGGUCAGUCCAACAUCAGCAGCCGCGAGAGAAAAGGAAUAUUUCGAUUCCAAUUUUGGGCCGUUUUACCGCGCCGAGCAAGCAUUUUUAGUGAAGGAUGAACCUGGGCCCGUCCUUGAUUACGAGACGUUGAGCUGGUGGUUUGAUGUAGAAAAUAGGGUAAAGCGGAUGAUAUCUUUGAAUAAUGGCCUUUCUUUGGACGACGUCUGCUUCAAACCCACCGGAAAGGCUUGUGUCGUUCAGUCCCUUACAGGUUAUUUUGGAGGAUCAUUCUCCAACGUUGAUCCAAACAACUGGCAAAAGCAAUUGAGACACUGCACAGAGUCACCAGGAGCCCGUGAUUGUCUACCGGAUUUCCAACAACCAUUAAGCCCGCAUAUGAUUUUGGGCGGUUAUGAAGACACGGGAAAUGUUCUGGAUGCAAAAGCUUUGAUAGUGACAUGGGUGGUUAACAACCAUGACCAAGGCUCGAAAGCGGAAGCAAAUGCCAUCGAUUGGGAAAACAGCCUCAAGCAAGUUUUGCAAGUGGUUCAAGAGGAAGCUAUGGAGCGCGGUUUACGCGUUUCUUUCAACACUGAAAUCAGCCUUGAACAAGAGCUGAAUAAAUCUACCAAUACUGAUGCUAGGAUCGUGGUUAUCAGUUAUGUGAUCAUGUUCAUCUACGCCUCACUAGCUUUAAGCUCAACAACCAUAACAUGGAAAUCCCUCUUCAGCAAUCCGGCCAACACACUCGUGCAGUCCAAGUUCAGCGUCGGCGUCAUUGGGAUUCUGAUUGUCCUGAUGUCCGUUUCCGCGUCCGUCGGGUUAUUUGCGGCUGUUGGUGUCAAAGUGACCCUUAUCAUCGCUGAAGUGAUACCAUUCCUCGUCCUCGCCGUUGGUGUCGAUAACAUUUUCCUAAUUGUUCAUGAGUUUGAGAGGGUCAAUGUGAGCCAUCCUGACGAAGAGCUCGAUGAACGGAUUGCCAAAGCGCUGGGACGCAUGGGCCCUAGUAUUCUCUUAUCCGCAACCACGGAAACCGUCGCAUUUGCCAUGGGCGUUUUUGUGGGGAUGCCUGCAGUGAAAAAUUUUGCUGUGUAUGCUGCCGGUGCCGUUUUGAUCAACGCACUGUUGCAAGUCACAAUGUUUAUAUCCCUUUUAGCCCUGAAUCAGAGGCGCGUCGAAAGCCUUCGAGUAGAUUGCUUCCCUUGCCUGACGGUACGCAAGGCAACUGCUGCCGCAAUCCCGGGGAGCCAGCCAUUCGACCAUGGUGAAGAAGGCAUCAUAGAUUGGUUGAUUCGAAGCGUUUACGCACCAAAAUUGUUGGGCAAAAAAGUCAGGCUGCUAGUUUUGUUAGUGUUCUCCGGUAUGUUUGCAGCUGGCCUCGCUCUGCUACCAACGAUGCAACUUGGUUUGGACCAGCGCAUUGCCAUCCCCAGCGAUUCCUACUUGAUACCGUACUUCAACGACUUGUACGAUUAUUUUGGUACCGGCCCUCCUGUCUAUUUCGUAACUAAGGAUGUCAAUGUCACCGCACGGCUUCAUCAACAACAACUGUGUGGUCGCUUUUCGACUUGCGACGAUUUUUCUCUUGGAUUUGUUCUAGAACAGGAGUCCAAAAGGUCGAAUGUUUCAUACAUUUCUGGAUCCGCUGCAAGCUGGAUUGAUGACUUUUUCUACUGGCUGAACCCUCAAAAGGAUUGCUGUGUCGAAGAUGGGAAAAUUUGUUUUGAAGAUAGAGAGCCGGCAUGGAACAUCUCACUCCACGGCAUGCCGGAAGGGUUAGAAUUUUUGAAGUAUGCGGACAAAUGGAUACGGUCUCCCACUACUGCAUCGUGCCCGCUCGGGGGUAAGGCUCCCUAUAGCAAUGCUUUGGUCAUUGACCCCAAACACAUAAUGACCAACGCGAGCCAUUUCCGUACUUCGCAUACGCCACUCCGCAGCCAAGCGGAUUUCAUCAACGCCUACGCUUCCGCUCGUCGGAUUGCCGAUAGCCUUUCUUCUAGACACGAUAUCGAGGUCUUCCCAUAUUCGAAGUUUUACAUUUUCUUCGACCAAUACGCAUCGAUUGUGCGUCUGACUGGUACACUAUUGGGGUCUGCGAUUGCAAUCAUUUUCGUCGUGACAUCUCUUUUACUAGGCUCUAUCACAACCGGGGCGGUUGUGACUUUCACCGUCAUUAUGAUGCUCGUGGACAUCAUGGGUACUAUGGCCGUAGCGGGAGUUUCCUUGAAUGCGGUUUCUCUCGUAAAUUUGAUUAUUUGCGUCGGCAUUGGCAUCGAAUUCUGCGCGCACAUUGCCCGUGCCUUUAUGUUCCCCUCGGCGUCACUUCUUGAAAGGGCCCAGAAUAAGUUUCGGCACCGUACUGCGCGAGCAUGGGCCGCAUUAGUGAAUGUUGGGGGAAGUGUUUUUAGCGGUAUCACCUUGACGAAACUCGUUGGUGUCUGUGUUCUUGCCUUUACAAGAAGCAAGAUUUUUGAAAUAUAUUACUUCCGCGUCUGGUUGGCACUGAUUAUUUUCGCUGCAACCCACGGUUUGAUAUUCCUUCCUGUGGCUCUUAGCUUCUUUGGAGGAGAAGGGUAUAUUGACCCUGAAUCAGACGGCGGCCUUGAAGAGGAUCUAGCUGCUCGUAGAUAUCGCUCCCUGUUGCCCGAUAAUGAUUACGAUUCUGAUGACUAUUGA